AAAAUUUCGUUCGAUUUUAAUUUUGUUAUUUUAUUGUCCAUCCUCUUCUGAUACAAAACGUGUCCAAAAUAUUACUAAUAACAGUCAAAUUAAUCAAAAGUCGGUUCUCCAAAUUUCUUCCGGAAAAGAAAAAGGAAUUGUAAGAAAAAACCAAUCGCUCUCUGAUUCAACUGCACACAGUUUCAAUUAAACCCUAGAAGCUCGCUCUUCUCUCUACGGCAGCUUAGAUUUCAAUUACAGUGGAAUCAUGGAUAUAGACGCGACAGUAGUAACAAUGGAACCUGAAAAGAGUAAUGAGAGAGGUGGAUUGUUAUUUGUUCCUCCUGGCAAGGAUAGACUAGAAUUCAAACCUCCUCAAAGAAAAUCACUUUUGGGUUUAGAUGUGCUAGCUAUUGCAAAACGAGAAGGAAGUUGUUCUGAUAGUUAUGGUGCAUUUAAAGUUCCAAAAGAAAGAGUUUCUGCUACUUCUGUUGCGGCCGCCGCAUCUAUGGAGGAAGGAGAGCUUGAGUCUUUUUCAUCUAGCAUAGAUGAUGAAGGAAUGGUUAAUAGAGUUUCUGAUGGCGUUCAUAAUAAUCAUGUGAAUAGACGGUAUCGUGAUACAUCUACACGUGAGAUUACUCAUGGAGAAAGUACCGUGACUCGAGAAGGAUCAGUUAAUGAUAAGUAUGAAAGUCAUCGAUCUAGAUAUAAUAAACUUUCAGAGGACGCUGCAACCACUACUGGCAGUUCUCGAAGUAUGCGAUCUAGGAGUCCUGAGAGUGAGAGGGAUGAGCGAAACAGUGGGAGAAGAAACUCUAAGGAUAAUUAUAGGAGUGAUAGCAGGAGAAUGAAAUACAGGCACUCUAAUGAGCGUGAAGAGUGGAGUCGAGGAAGGGAAUCACGCAAUUCGUAUGAACGAGAAUAUGAUAGAGAUUAUGAUAGAAAACGGGGACGAUAUGAAGGUUCAAGGCGGACACCAGGCAGAUCAGAUUGGGAUGAUGGGAGAUGGGAAUGGGAAGAAUCACCUCGCAGGGAUAGUCGCUCAAAUAGUAGUAGGCGCAGUCAACCUUCGCGUUCCCCAAUGUAUGUUGGGGCAUCGCCCGACGUACGAUUAGUUUCUCCAUGGUUGGGUGGCCAUACUUCUUCUUCUACUGGUUCUGCUGCUUCUCCAUGGGAUCACAUUGCUCCUUCCCCAGUUCCUAUACGCGCUUCUGGACAGUCGGCCAAGUCUUCUAGUUCUAGACAUGGUGAGAGGUCACAUCAACUUACUUUCUCCUCCAAAACUUCACAAUCAUUAGAGGGGGAAGGAGAAGAUAAACCUACAUCAUCAGAGGAACAUCAUUAUGAGAUUACCGAAAGCAUGCGCUUGGAGAUGGAGUACAAUUCUGAUAGAGCAUGGUAUGACAGAGAAGAAGGUAACACAAUGUUUGAUGCUGAUAGCUCAUCAUUUUAUCUUGGAGAUGACACCUCAUUGCAGAAAAAAGAGGCAGAAUUGGCCAAAAAACUGGUUCGAAGAGAUGGCUCCAAAAUGACACUUGCUCAAAGCAAGAGGCUAUCUCAGCUUACUGCUGAUAAUGCUCAGUGGGAGGAUCGGCAGCUAUUAAGAUCCGGAGCAGUACGGGGUACUGAAGUCCAGACUGAGUUUGAUGAUGAGGAAGAGCGCAGAGUCAUUCUUCUUGUACAUGAUACAAAACCUCCUUUUCUGGAUGGUAGAGUUGUUUUUACCAAACAAGCGGAGCCUAUCAUGCCAAUUAAAGAUCCCACCUCAGAUAUGGCCAUUAUUUCACGUAAAGGAUCUACUCUGGUUAGAGAAAUUCAUGAGAAGCAGAGUAUGAAUAAGUCACGCCAGCGAUUUUGGGAGCUUGCUGGCUCAAAACUUGGUGAUAUUCUAGGUGUUGAGAAGACAGCUGAACAGAUUGAUGCUGAUACUGCUACUGUGGGUGAAGAAGGUGAAGUUGAUUUUAGGGAAGAGGCAAAAUUUUCACAGCACUUGAAAAAGGAGGAAGCUGUGAGUGAUUUUGCUAAGUCAAAAACCCUUGCUGAGCAGCGGCAAUAUCUUCCCAUAUAUUCAGUACGGGAUGAUCUAUUGCAGGUGAUUCGUGAAAAUCAAGUAGUUGUUGUUGUUGGAGAAACUGGUUCUGGAAAGACAACUCAACUGACUCAGUAUCUCUAUGAAGAUGGGUAUACAAACAAUGGCAUAGUGGGGUGCACCCAACCAAGGCGUGUAGCAGCCAUGAGUGUUGCAAAAAGAGUUAGCGAAGAGAUGGAAACUGAUUUGGGAGAUAAAGUUGGUUAUGCUAUUCGUUUUGAGGAUGUGACUGGGCCAAAAACUAUAAUAAAGUAUAUGACAGAUGGAGUGCUUUUGCGGGAAACUCUGAAAGAUUCUGAUCUCGAUAAAUACCGGGUUGUAGUCAUGGAUGAAGCUCAUGAGAGAUCGUUGAGCACAGAUGUGUUGUUUGGGAUAUUAAAAAAGGUUGUUGCCCAGCGUCGUGACUUUAAGCUAAUUGUGACAUCUGCAACUUUGAAUGCUGAGAAAUUUUCAAAUUUCUUUGGAAGUGUUCCGAUUUUCCACAUCCCUGGGAGGACAUUUCCUGUAAAUAUUUUGUACAGCAAAACUCCGUGUGAAGAUUAUGUAGAAGCUGCAGUGAAGCAAGCCAUGACCAUCCACAUUACCAGUCCUCCAGGUGACAUUCUUAUAUUCAUGACUGGCCAAGAUGAGAUUGAAGCGGCUUGUUAUGCCCUCGCUGAGCGCAUCGAACAACUUAUCUCUUCCACAAAGAAAGCAGUUCCUAAACUCUUGAUACUACCGAUAUACUCCCAACUUCCAGCUGAUCUGCAAGCAAAGAUAUUCCAAAAGGCUGAAGAUGGGGCACGCAAAUGCAUUGUCGCCACCAACAUCGCCGAAACCUCUUUGACUGUUGAUGGAAUUUUUUACGUGAUCGACACUGGGUACGGUAAAAUGAAAGUUUACAAUCCAAGGAUGGGUAUGGAUGCUCUUCAAGUUUUUCCUGCUAGCCGUGCUGCUGCAGAUCAGCGUGCUGGACGUGCUGGCAGAACUGGUCCUGGCACAUGCUAUAGGCUUUAUACAGAGAACGCAUACCUAAACGAAAUGCUGCCCAGUCCAGUGCCUGAGAUCCAGAGGACCAAUCUCGGGAAUGUGGUUUUGUUGCUGAAGUCUCUCAAAAUCGAAAACUUGCUUGAUUUCGAUUUCAUGGAUCCACCUCCACAGGACAACAUCCUUAAUUCAAUGUAUCAAUUAUGGGUUUUGGGCGCUCUUAACAAUGUUGGAGGAUUAACUGAUCUUGGCUGGAAAAUGGUUGAGUUCCCAUUAGACCCUCCGCUGGCUAAGAUGCUCUUGAUGGGUGAAGAACUAGAAUGUUUAAAUGAGGUUUUGACAAUUGUAUCGAUGCUUUCAGUGCCAUCAGUCUUUUUCCGACCCAAAGACAGGGCAGAGGAGAGUGAUGCGGCCAGGGAAAAGUUUUUUGUUCCCGAGUCUGAUCAUUUGACCCUGCUCAAUGUUUAUUUGCAAUGGAAAGAGCACCAGUAUCGCGGAGAUUGGUGUAAUGAUCAUUUUCUGCAUGUCAAAGGAUUACGAAAGGCGAGAGAAGUUAGAUCCCAGCUGCUGGAUAUUCUGAAAACUUUAAAAAUCCCAUUGACUUCUUGCGGGCAUGAGUGGGACAUUAUACGAAAAGCCAUAUGUUCUGCAUAUUUCCACAAUGCAGCGAGACUAAAAGGUGUUGGAGAAUACGUGAAUAGUAGAAAUGGAAUGCCAUGUCAUCUACACCCCAGCAGUGCGCUAUAUGGUCUAGGUUACACUCCAGAGUACGUGGUGUAUCAUGAAUUGAUUUUGACGACGAAGGAGUACAUGCAGUGUGCUACUGCAGUGGAGCCGCAGUGGUUGGCAGAACUGGGACCGAUGUUUUUCUCUGUGAAGGAUUCAGAUACAUCGUUGUUGGAGCACAAGAAAAAACAGAAAGAAGAGAAAACCGCCAUGGAAGAGGAAAUGGAAAAUUUGAGAAAGGAGCAAGCUGAUGCCGAGAGGGAAAGCAAAGAAAGGGACAAGGCAAAGAGGGCUAAGCAGCAACAGCAAGUUUCGAUGCCAGGCUUCCGCCAAGGCGCUUCCACUUAUUUAAGACCAAAAAAAUUUGGUUUGUAAACAUCACCUUAUGUUGUUUCUCUAUCCCAAAAUUAGCUCAUGUAAACAAACAUAGAGAAAAUGUAAUCUAGAGGGAAGAUAAACUGACCAGAGAAGCAAGUGUAUGAUGUUUUGAAGUAAAAAUUUAAUAUUUUGGUUA